CGGCGCCCGCCGCUAGGGGCUGCAGGCUCGGCUGCCCCCGCAGCUCUCUCCGGAGCCGGGACCGAAGCAGCCAAGUUCAUGUCCGCAGCCGCCAGACCCGUGCAGCGCCCGGAACAUCGGCUCCAGCCGCCCAGCCCGGCGGCUCGCUGAAGUCCCCCGGGGCCGGCUCCCUGCCAACUUGCCCAAGAGACCCUGCCCCGCCUGCCGCCGGCCCCUUCCCUCUCCCACGCCCCGGGGCCCGCAGAGAGAUGCCGGGGAGCGGGCAGGCGUCCAGGCAAGGCCAGGAAUCCGGCUGAGGUUCGCCUCGUGGCUCCCCUUCUAGAUGCCAGAUGGCCUCGGAAAACUCCCUGUCCCAGUGCCCAAGGAACUGCUCCGCCUGGGCUCCCAGGAACGGGUCCGGGGCAGAAAGGGCAGCCCCCUACACCAAUGUGAUCAUGCCUAGCCUGUUCGGCAUCAUCUGUUUCCUGGGCAUUGUCGGGAAUCUCAUCGUCAUCUACACCAUUGUCAAGAAGAAGAAGCUGAGGUGCAAGCAGACCGUGCCCGACAUCUUCAUUUUCAACCUCUCCAUCGUGGAUCUCCUCUUCCUGCUGGGCAUGCCUUUCCUCAUCCACCAGCUCCUUGGUAACGGCGCCUGGUAUUUCGGGGCUCCUUUGUGCACCAUCAUCACCGCCUUGGACACUAACAGCCAGAUCACCAGCACCAACAUCCUGACAGUGAUGACCCUCGACCGUUACCUGGCAACCGUCUACCCUCUGAAAUCCACCUAUGUCCGGACACCAUGUGUAGCAGCCUCAGUAAUCUGCUUGGUGUGGCUUCUUUCCUUUCUGACCAUCAUUCCCGUGUGGAUGUAUGCAGGCCUGAUGCCUCUGGAGGAUGGGACUGUCCGCUGUGCUCUCUUGCUUCCCAACCCCGAGACUGAUGUCUACUGGUUCACGCUCUACCAGUUCAUGCUGGCCUUUGCUAUCCCACUGAUUGUCAUCUGUGUUGUUUAUUUUAAGAUCCUCCAGCACAUGGCUACCACUGUGGUCCCCCUUCCCCAGAGGAGCCUCCAGGUACGUACCAAGAAAGUCACCCGCAUGGCAGUUGCCAUCUGCUCUGCCUUUUUCAUUUGCUGGGCCCCCUUCUACAUCCUCCAGCUGGUGCAUCUCGGCAUUGACACGCCUUCUGUUGCCUUCUUCUAUGCCUAUAACUUCGCCAUUAGCUUGGGCUAUGCCAACAGCUGCCUCAACCCCUUCCUCUACAUUGCCCUGAGUGAGACCUUCAAGCGCCAGUUCAUGGUGGCCAUCCGUCCUGCCAAGGAGCAGUUCCGUAACAAUAGUUCCAUCAACAACAACAGCGCAACAGAGGCCAGUGUGUGCCUAAAGCUUGCACCAGAAUCCACUCAGCAGACUCAAUUUCUGGAGGACUUUUCCCCACACUCGCUGCCUGUGACUGUCGCUGUUCACUAGGGACUCUAUGGUCAUGCCAAAAGAUGGCUUUGGGGGUCUGUUCUGGGAAUGACACAAAGUAAGUAGGGCUGUGUAUAAGAAGUAGCUUUUGACUGCUCUCAGUGAAGCACAUGGACUACAGGCUUCCGCUUUGGAGACUCACAGUUGAGUCCUCUCUCAUUACAGGGCUCUGCACUCAAUCUACCCCUGAUCUAAAAGCUUCUGCAUACUGGUUCCUUGGUCCACUGAGGAAGGACUUGGGAAUUCCUUUUAAUUUCACACAGAACAAUGGGCUCCUCUUGGAGGGAAAAGGGAAAGAGAGGGAGACAUGAAGAGAGAGACGUCUUCGAAAGGUAUUUUGUUGGCACUGUACGCCAUGCCAGCCUUUAGCAAAAGGAUCUCAAUUGGGUCCUUACUGUUUGACCAUUGUUUCUGGGAAAGAAGCUGAUAUGGACCCUCUUGCUUUAAGACUUGAACUUUUUAAAAAGACUAUUUUAAAAAAAGGGGGAGAGGGCUAGAAAACUGAGCUUACCGAGGCCUAUGCUUAAAUUCCAGAAGCAAAAAGACAAGGAACUGCUCAGCAAAGCAGCCUUCAAAGUGCCUGAGGAACAAACCCACAAGCAUUAGUGAGGGAACUCCUGCCUUGCCAAGAUCCUCUGGACUUUUUGGUGAAGUCCCAACCUGCUUCCAGUGAGCUAUGCUGCUUGGCCGACCUAUGAAUAUUCAGGAACUGGAUUCUGGGGCCUUGACAAGCUGUCUCUAUAUAUUUGCAAGCAAAAUCAGGCCCUCUGGAAGAUAGUGAUUGUACGCUUCAAGGGAUUUCACGCAGUUGAGCAAAGCUGCUGCUCCUAACACCUGAUCUGUAGAUAGUCAUCCGGUUGAGCCUGCUUCCCUCAUGCUGCUCCUUCAGUUUCCCUCUGUGCCCAUCAGUCUGCAUGUUCAUUAAGGAAUAUCACACAGGUGGCUUUUUAAAGAUUCCUCCAAACAAGCCAGCGUGCACAAAGGCAGAUGUGUGUAGAGGAAGAGAAUGGGAGAAGGUCGCUCUGAGAAAAUGCAGCUGCUUAAGGGACUUCCAGAGGAUAAUGAUAAUAUUACCAAUUAAAACCAAAACAUCCGUAUUUGGAAAAUGCAGCUCUAUCUCUCCAGAGACUGCGAGGUACUUUCACCUAUUAGAGGGACAUGGAUCAGCUAAGUGCUGGGGAUUACAUUGAUAGACUGCACAGGAGUCCCAGGAGACAGUCAGGAAAGUCUUAAGCUGCUUGUUAAACAAGGAGCAAGUGACUGUUGUGGAUGUGUUUGAUGUAGAAGAAACAUUACAAACACACACUGUUUCACAUGCACUCCUACAGAGACCACAUACGGCGCAAAGGAGCUAAUUCACAUCCUCAUAAUCAUACACUCAUCCACGCCGCUGCACACCUCCAUGCAGCUACACACAGUCACACAUACAACUACAAAACAUUCUUCAGAAACCACGCACACAUUUGUAGGCAUGUGUGUGUGUGUGUGUGUGUGUGUGUGUAUAUACACACACACACACACAAAACCCAUUAACAUGCACACACAUUCACCUAUAUCUACACUAGCUGAUACACAUGCAGGCAACCCCAUAUAGACACACCGUUAUUUCUCUAACUACAUGCACCAAUGUAAGCACACACAUCUCAUGACUGCACUGUAGUCUCCCAAUAUUGUUCUCUGCCCCUAGAGGAUAAAUCUAGAUAGGUGGGCAGUCAACUCUUUCGGUCUAUAACAUACUCUUUCCUCUUCUGAUCUUCUUUCCCAUCCUGACUGCAUGGAAUUUAACUCACCUGUGCAGAUUCUAGGGGGAGCUUUAUUUUGGUUACUUGCUCUUUGGCCAAUAACUUCCCUGAGGAGAUGGGAGCAAGAGAUAAGGAACAGGGUCUGGGGGUUUGCUAAGGAGAGUCUUGUUCUUCUCAAGAAGGGCAAAUACAUCCUGUGUGACCCUCCAGUUGGGUAAGGAAGUGGGAAGGAGGGAGGAUUGUGUCUCCUUUUCUGGUGAGAAACAGUAGCCAAUGGAGAUUGAUUCCAAUUCAUUCUAAUAAAAGAAAUGGAUUGAGUGAGGAAAGUUCUGGGAGGGGAAGAACAUGGGGACUGAACUACCCAAAAAUCCCCUAAGCAGCAGCUCAUCUUCCCUUCCGUCCAGGCCAGCUCCCCACUCACUGCUAGGUGAGCAGGGUUUUAUUACAUUGAACUGAAGAUCUUCAGAAUGAAUGGGUCCUUUCUUCCCAAACCAGGCAUAAAACAAAAUGUCCCUCACUCCCCUGUUCAGUCAGGGGCUGUGCCUGGUGUGGAGGCAGCAGGCUCGGCCUCCGAGGCAGGAAUGCCAUGUGUCACUUGAUAGCAUCUCCCGGUUCUUAGAGCCAGGAUGGGUUCCAAGCAGCAAUGGGCCCCAUGCUGCUCCUUCUCCAUUCUUGUUGCUGAAGUAGGGAGAAUAGAGUUCGGGGGAAGGGGGGACUACUUCCCUAUCCCUUCUGGGUCUGCUGCCAGAGAGGGAGUUGGGGCUGCUCUACGGACUGCGGAACUUGCAGGACCCCACCUGGACAGCCUGAAUCACAGACAUGAGACGCGGAGGAGACCUGUUAGAUUCCCCCAGAACAGCACUCUAGAGCAAAAGCAGGAUUGUUCCCUAUGGCCUGUGCUUAAGGGCGGGCUGUGAUCAGGGAGUGGUGUUGAGAGAUUCUGGAUGAGGCUCCUUGGAUGGAAUAGUGCCAGCUGCUGCAAGGAGCAGGAACUGUGGGGGAGGUAAAGCAGGGAGACAGGGAAUCCCGAGGCUCCACAAAUGGAAAACCAAAUCAAACAUCCCCCAAGGUAAGGGAGGGGGCUGGUUUCAUUUUUGUGUGAAUCAGAUAUUGGUCCUUGUGGUAGAGACUCUGCCACCCUGCAGGAGUUGGGCAUUUCCCGUGCAUCUCUGAGCAGGCCGCACAGACCUCUUCAGGGAUCAAGACCAACAGAGUUUAAGUUGAGAGGAUUUCCCCAACGCUCCCUGCGUAUGCUACAAAUGUGUAGUUAUCCGUCUGUCCGCAAAGUUUGUGCUGGAUGUAUCUGCGGGGCCUAAGGCCUCUUGUGUACUUCGUGCUGCUGGUAUUUCGCUCUCGGAGAGUGUCAUAUUGUUAUCUCGUGUACAAUAAAGACAUUUGUGCUUGA